GAUUCUUCUCCCUCAGCACCACCUAAAAAAUAUCACUCGCAACAAGUUAUUUGGAUUGAAGAUGGUGGAGAAGAACUAUGGGCACCUAGUUUAAAUUAUACUUUGAAUGAUAAUGAAUUU